AUGCAAUCGCGAAGGCGUCACAUCGAAAGAAAGCACCCCGAGAAAUUGAAUGACCUCGAAGUCGAUACGCAUGGUUAUGUGAAAGUUGUUACUCCUGCCCUACCGUAUGCGUGCGAUAUUUGCUCGAAGACCUUCGCUUCUCAUGCCUCCAUGAUUACACAUAAGAAAAGAAUUCAUGAAAAUAAGAAUAAUCAUGAGUGUACCACGUGUGGAAGGAGCUAUCCACUAGCCAGCGAGCUCCGAAAGCACAUAAAACGAGUACAUGAGAAGGAUUUGGACUACGUGAUAUCGCAGAAGGUGGCGCUGUCCGGCUAA